GAGAGAGAGAGAAAGAGAAAGAGAGGGCGUUAUGCGUGUGUAGAAUAAAGAGAGAGGAGCACAAAUUGCUCGAGGAGGAUCAAACAUGGCGGACGCCUUUCGAUGAGAACACACAUUCCUCGUGUAGCUGAGUCUCCAUCUCCGGUAAUUUCCUCGCCGCGAACCACCGCUCACACGCCCACGUUCCGGCUGUGUGACGGUGAUCCAUGAUUUCAUCGUGUUUUCACCGCUCUCCAUUCCGUUUCCAUGCAAUUUUAAUCAGUUUCAACCUGCAUGUGGAUUCGUUGAUUUUUCUUGCUGGAAUUUAUUAUUAUUUGCACUGGAUAUGCGUUGUUUUAUGGAUUUCUCUUUCUCCUGUAAUUGAUGAAUUGAAGCUGUUCAGAUAUUUGGAUUGAACGAGGAACUGAAAUUUCGUCUAAGAUAGAUUAAUCUGGUUUAUCUGUGUGUGAUUUGUUUCACAAGCGAUUGAAGUUGAUCCAAAUUGUAUCCGAGCAUAGCUGAAGCUGGAAUGCCUAAUGUAUAACCAAUUUUCAUAGCAGCAUACCUGUAACAUGGAAAACAUAAGUCUUUAGUUUCAUUGGUGUUUUGCUUUAUCCCCAUCUAUCUGUUGGUAUUGUUCUUAUCCAAGUUCUAUUUGUUGACAAAAAGUUGGACUCUAUUUCAAUGAAACUAGAUGAUGAAUGUUCUUCCUUUUCUUUUCCCAUUUUCCUUUCAAAUUGCCAUCAAACCAUUAAGAUUCUUGUAACAUUUAGGGAAUGAAUAUUUCCAGGUGGCAAUAUUUUAUCUGUUCGAUAAGUAGUUAUUCAGUAUCUUGGUAAUGGGUGUAUCAUGUGCCAACUGCCAGUUAACUUUGUAAAAGUCUAGCUUGAGCUUACUGGCACGUAAUGGACGUUUUUGUAUGUACUUUUUUUGCAUAGUAAGUUGCAUAUCAUUCACUACCAUAUUGACAAGUCUUUAAAUGUUGUCGAUUUAUUUCAUGUUUGAUUUCUUUGAGGGUCAUCUUCUAAUCGUGGUUCAGAACCAUCUAUUCCUCAAAAUUUGUUCCACAAGUGCUUUAGUAGAUGCCAGCAUCACAUAGAACUCAGAGAUGCUUCAUACUAUGGGAACGAACUCUCAUAGUACAUUUUGUCUACUUCAAAAUUUCUGCUAGCUGCAACACUACCACUGUUUCCCAGCAGUUAUUGUCUUCUCAGCUACUUUGAGGAGAAUGCACUAGUUCAGAACAAAACAAGUACUAUCACGCAAGCACUAGCCGUGCUUCCUAUUGGACAGACCUACACAAAGUAAACAGAAAUGGAUGAAAUUGGACAACGAGAAAACAAGAGACACAGGACUGAUUGCUUCAAAUCAACCCCGCGGAAUCCGGUAUCACAAUAUCAGCCAAAGGAACAGAACGCAUUCAUGAAGAUCAUCACGCUCUGCGACGAAAGGGACGCGGCUUUCAAGGAACGCGAUCGAGCCCUUGCCGAAAAAAAAGCUGCCUUGGACGAGCGGGACACUGCAAUCCACCAGCGCGACUCCGCACUUGCCGAACGAGACAAUGCCAUCCGUGAACGAGACAAUGCCAUUGCUGCCCUCCAAUUCCAUGAGACCACUUUCAGUACCAUAUUCAACACUAUCGGUUCACGCGGCCCGAAGCCCAGGCCCAAACCGAACAAGAAGAACUUGGGGAAGUCAACCAGUCAACUGAAAAAGUCGAGAAAAGUGGGGGAGGACUUGAACCGGCAAGUGACCUCUGACUGGUCAAAGGCCAAGUGGGAUGCUAAGGAGUUGGGCUCGUUUGACCCGAUACCAUUUGACGAAUCGACAAUGGCCCCGCCAGUCUGCUCGUGCACGGGUGUCCCAAGGCAGUGCUACAAGUGGGGGAACGGAGGCUGGCAGUCGGCUUGCUGCACGACCUCCCUGUCAGUUUAUCCUCUGCCCCAGAUGCCGAACAAGAAGCAUUCGAGGAUGGGCGGCCGGAAAAUGAGCGCGGGUGUUUUUAGCCGGCUGCUGACGAGGCUGGCCUCGGCCGGGCAUGACUUGUCGGUAGCCGUGGACCUCAGGAGCUACUGGGCUAAACACGGUACGAAUCGUUAUAUUACUAUCAAGUAAAAGUUCUUCUUCUCUUAUAAUUUGGGUGUGCCAUGUGUGUGUGUGUUACGGCCUGGUUUGCGACUUUGAUUAUUUGUUUGCUAUGUGUUUAUGAUUGAAUACUUGACUCUGUUGGAGGGUUGAAGUUUUUGUGUGCUCUGUGUCGAGACAUCUUUUGUACAUAUUAGUGACUUGAUGUGGCCUGAUGGCCAGAUUUAGCU